CGGUCCCCAGUCUACCAAAGUCCGCCGCAGGUGCUGCACGCGACGCUCCCGUCGCCGUACAACGCGAGUGCGUGUGUGUGAACUUAUAACAAGCUUAGAUAUCUAUUGUAUAACCGAGAGCUACGGACAGCACAGUCAAGGUCAACAUUCAGCUAUUUGACACCUGUUGUGUAUACAUAACGUAUUACCGCACUAACAACGACCAUUCAACAGAGACGAUUAGACAGAAAUGUGUUUCAAUAAACGCCUGAUCAAGCUGGCUGACUACUUCCGAUUACAAUCCAAUAUGACUCGUUAGUGAGCCACUGAAAAUAUAGACAGUCGACAUGACAUGCAAUACCAAAAUCGUAAUCACGAAGCUACUAGUAUGCUUCCUCUUGUCUGGUGUAAGAGGAAGAUCAUGGGCCAGCCACCAUGACACUACCACUUCUACUACUCAAACUACACCCACCACUAGUCCCGCUCCAAAGAACUUCCACAAUGAUCCGCUUGUUGUCGAGACUAAAAGCGGUCUCGUUAAAGGUUAUGCCAAAACAGUCAUGGGUCGUGAGGUACAUAUAUUUACCGGAAUACCAUUCGCAAAACCGCCUCUAGGUCCACUAAGAUUUCGAAAGCCAGUUCCAAUCGAACCAUGGCACGGCGUUCUAGAUGCCACCGCUAUGCCCAAUAGCUGCUAUCAAGAACGAUACGAGUAUUUUCCUGGAUUUGAAGGUGAAGAGAUGUGGAAUCCUAACACCAAUAUAUCAGAGGAUUGCUUGUAUUUGAAUAUUUGGGUGCCUCAGCAUUUACGAGUGCGCCAUCAUCAAGAUAAGCCUCUGGCUGACAGGCCAAAAGUGCCGAUACUAGUAUGGAUUUACGGUGGAGGGUAUAUGAGUGGAACAGCAACCCUUGAUUUAUAUAAAGCUGAUAUUAUGGCAUCAUCAAGUGACGUUAUAGUGGCUUCCAUGCAGUACAGGGUGGGAGCAUUUGGAUUUUUAUACUUGAAUAAAUUCUUUUCGCCAGGCAGUGAAGAAGCGCCAGGUAAUAUGGGCCUUUGGGAUCAGCAACUGGCAAUACGUUGGAUAAAAGACAAUGCGCGGGUAUUUGGUGGAGAUCCUGACUUGAUUACACUGUUUGGGGAGUCAGCUGGAGGAGGAAGCGUGAGCUUGCAUAUGCUUUCGCCAGAGAUGAAGGGAUUAUUCAAGAGAGGUAUAUUACAGUCAGGAACCUUAAACGCACCAUGGAGUUGGAUGACAGGAGAACGCGCUCAAGAUAUUGGGAAGGUGUUAGUUGACGAUUGCAACUGUAACAGUAGUCUUCUGUCCGCGGAUCCGAGCCUAGUGAUGGAUUGUAUGAGAGGAGUAGAUGCAAAAACAAUUUCCGUGCAACAAUGGAAUUCAUAUACGGGAAUAUUAGGAUUUCCGUCGGCUCCCACUGUCGACGGCGUAUUUUUACCAAAAGAUCCUGAUACAAUGAUGAAGGAGGGUAGCAUCCAUAACACUGAAGUGCUUCUCGGAAGUAAUCAAGAUGAAGGAACAUAUUUCUUGCUAUACGAUUUUCUCGAUUAUUUCGAAAAGGACGGACCGAGUUUUCUACAGAGAGAAAAAUUCUUAGAGAUCAUCAACACGAUAUUCAAGGACUUCUCUAAUAUCAAGAAAGAAGCAAUAAUUUUUCAAUAUACAGAUUGGGAAGAGAUCACCGACGGUUAUCUGAACCAGAAGAUGAUAGCAGACAUAGUGAGCGAUUACUUCUUUGUCUGCCCAACUAAUUACUUCGCGGAGGUUCUGGCUGAGUCUGGCGUUGACGUCUACUACUACUACUUUACACACCGCACAAGCACGAGCCUCUGGGGCGAGUGGAUGGGUGUGAUGCACGGUGAUGAGAUGGAGUACGUGUUCGGGCAUCCGCUCAACAUGUCGCUGCAGUACCACACGAGGGAGCGCGACUUGGCCGCUCACAUCAUGCAGUCUUUCACUAGAUUUGCUCUAACUGGCAAACCUAAUAAGCCAGAAGAGAAGUGGCCGCUCUACUCCCGCGCGUCACCUCACUACUACACGUACACUGCGGACGGGACCAGCGGGCCGGCAGGGCCACGCGGCCCGCGCGCAAGUGCCUGCGCCUUUUGGAAUGACUUCCUGAACAGGCUCAACGAAUUGGAGCGUGUUCCCUGCGACGGGGCAGUGACUGGGCCCUACAGCAGUGUGGCCGGUACUACUCUCCCAGUGGUCCUGCUCACAGCGCUGGCCACCACCGCUGCCCUCUAAAUAAAACAAUAAAAAAUAGAGUAGAAGUCUGCAAAAAUGUGCUUCAAACGUAAGUGUUUCAGAAAAAACGUUGUGUGUAACAAAAGUGGGUAAGAGAUUAGACAUUUCAAAUGGUGAAUAAACAUAUUUCUUAUGAAGAUUGGAUAAUUGGAUAUUUUAUAGCUAAAAGGCAUUUUGGAUGAUAUUAGAAAUGACUGGCAAACGGAACUGAUUCUUGUAGAUUAAGGUCUUAGCAAACGUAUGCACUGGUUUUAAAACAAGUUCAUUUCUGUAGGUAGUAUAAUUUCCAUUAAUAGUAACAUUAUAAUUUAGGUAGGCACACGAUGUUCCUUGUCUAGUUGUUUCGUCUGUUUGAUGUUGCAAAAAUUUAUUUUAAUCGUAAUUAAUAAUGAUAAAAUAUUAAAAAAUGUAAUGUUUGAUGUUAGGGCAAACAUGUACAAAAAUGUUAUUCGUAAUUUUAAUAUUAUGAAGUAAACCGCUUGCGCGUGAAUAUGCUAUGUGGAGUAUAUAUAUACUUACCUAUUUAAAAUAUACGUGUCGAUAAAACAGUAUAAAAAUAAACAAUUGAAGUUGACAAAAUGUAGCGAUUUUAUAAAAUUUAAAUUACGAAAAACAAACAUGGGCUCAGUUUUUUAAUGAAAAAUAAAUAAAUCUUUAGUACUUGUGUGUGUUACAAUUAAGUACAUAUCAUUAAUUAGGAAAUUUGUUGUAAUAAGUUAAAAUGCUUUGAUUGUAAAAGCAAUGCUUUCACAGAAAAAUGGAUUAUCACUAUACAUAUCAAGUGUGCCUCUGCUUGAAUAGCAAAAUAAAACAUAUCUUUAUUCUAGUGAAAUUUAGAAUUUGAUAUAAAUAUAUGAACAUAUUGUAAAAGUAGAGCGUAUACUAUGCGACGAAUUUUUGUUGAGGUAUUUAUUAUUAUAUAUAGGAUGCUACUAAAUGCGUACCACUCGAGGAUCUUAUGAACUUCAAAUUCUUAUGACUUCAAACAGAUGAUAGAAUAUUUUGUAAAUAAUACCUUUUUAUGAAUAAAAUGCAAAGUUAUUGUUACCUACUUACUAACGUAAUAUACCUAUAUAUGAAAACGUAGACCUAUGUUUUAAUUUUGAAUAAAAAGCACAUAUAACUUACCUCCGUUUAUAGAUGGGUACCUCUAUUUUCUUUAGAAUCUUUACCAAAAUACUAUACCCUCAAAUUUAAAUUAUAAAUAAUAAUUACAUACUUUUUAAUAUGUGAAUCACGAUUAAAGAUAUUAUAGUUAUCCACACUUUACAUAUAAUAGAAUAUAACCAGAAAUAUCAGUCUACCCUCUUGCUUACACUAUGAGCCAUACAGUUUUAAGACAUCCCGUUCUAAGCCCUUACAAACUGCGGAAUAAAUCUAAUCUGUAGCUUAUAAACGCUUUAAGUGAAAAUCGUCUUAUGAAUUUAUAUUACGAUUUAUAUAUUUUUAAACAUGAAAUUUGUACCUACUAAUUCGAUAGACAUAAUAAGGACGUAUUGGUAUUACGUAGAAGUGAUUGUCAAUUACUACCAAGAUGUGAAUGGAAUGUUUGGGGGAUGCUGAGAAGGAUUGCUAAAUAUUUGUACAAAAUUUCGGGAAACAAUAUACUAGGACUGUCCCUUGCAUGCCAGUCGUCUAUUCUACAGCACUUACAUGUAUGAAAGUAGCGUUACAAUAAAUACCAUGUUAAAUAUGAUACUAAAUGGAAUAUAUAUUUUAAGUUUCCCACAAAUAUAUGAAAUACAUGUUUUGUAAUCAUGAUAAUCUUAUUCAAAAUAUAUUACAAAAAAAAAGCGUUCAUUGAAUGAAUUGUUGCAAUUGUAAGUUUACAAUAUUAUCAAAUCUUAGCCAAUCAUACAACUUCAGAAACUGGUAGUCUGCCAGGAGUUUUUAUACCUAUAAUAUAUUAAUCCUUCAACGUCCUCGAUUUUCUAAUUUUUUAUAAUUAAAAUAGUCUCAUUGAUGUAAACAAUUCCAUUUUUUUGAGACGUCCAUUCCUUCGAUUGCGUAUUUUUAUUGUAGUUUAGAUAUAUAGAACCAGAGUUGCACCUCUUUGAGUAUUUGUUACAAAAAGUGUUUCAGCGCUUUAACCGUUAGUCUUUAUUUAUAUUUAUAAAACCUUAGUAUAAUAUAAUUAUGUAGGAUAAUUUGGGAAACAUGUCUGGGAUAUAACAAGAUGCCAGAAAUAUAAGCCAAUGAUAGUUAAGUUGGUAUAAAAGUUACUAGUUUGGUCAUAAAUAACUAUAUUUAGAAUUAUAAACAGAAAAAAAUAUUAUUGUAUACAAUUUGGCCACAGUAAUUAUAAUGCCACAAAAUUUGUUCCUAAUUAUUAUCCCAAAUCGCCACAUAUCUGAAAGACCGAGCUUUGCUCAGAAAACAUAAUUACCAAUUAAAAAAUACGCGUCUUCCCAGAGAUAAGUCCUAGCUAGAUCGAUUUUUCGCUAUCGAAAACCCCCAUAUAGCAAAUUUAAUCGAAAUCGUUAGUGCCGUUUCCGAUCCCCUAAAUAGACACAUAAAUGUGUAUGUAUAUACAAGAAUUGCUCAUUUAAAGGUAUAAAGAUAUAAAUAUGACUAUAAAAUUGUCUACUGGAUUCGAAUAACAUGUAUAAAAUUGACUAUGUUUAACAUAGCGGUUAAAGAGCUGUUACAUUUUUAUAGAAAUCGCCCUGGUAGCCAUGUUUACCUCAUAGUUUGCAAAAUUGUAUGGUGUACCUUGUUAGGCGUUCCUUGUUUCACUUUUUUUGAAAUAUUUCACUGCGUUCAUUAUAAAUGUGUAUUUGUCCUCUCAUAGGUUAUUGAAGUAGAUACGAGAGUAAAGUGCACACCGAUUGCUUUUUAUGCAUUUUCCGCAUUACAAGAGUCUUGGGAUAAAAAAAUAAUGCUCUGUCGUAUUAAUCAUGAAAUUCCAAGGUGCCGAAUUUUCUUUCAAAAUUUAGAAAACCCAUCAUACAGCGUCUUAGUUUAGCCCAAUUUGUAGCCAAGCAAUAAGCACGGUAAUUGUAAUGUACUGUGGAAUGUGUUUCCAACGGUUCGCCAACACAAACAUCUAGUGGCACGACCACUCUGCUCGCAGUCUGACAUCGACUGACUCUAACUGUCAGUGACGUCACCAUGACGUAAGUGCUCGAGGCACUACAGAAAUCAUGAAAUGUUACCUACUUUGGUUAUCUGUUUAGUUGGGGUGAAAUUGCCUGUUUAACACUGACAUUAGUAAACUUAAUAAAAAUCUUCAAAAUCGUACAAUUUUUAAUCAAUAAACUUAUUUGCAUAUGAGUUUUUAACGUUUAUAGUUUCCGCUUAAAUUACAAACAUCAAUACAUUUGAAUUCUUUAAUUCAAUUCUCACCAUAAAUUAUUUAAGCCACUUUUUAUGUCAACGGGCCUGUUUCACAAAGUCUGAGUAAACCAUUGGAUAGCUAAUUAACAAAUAAAUUAACUGCCAGAUAACUUCCAGCAAAACUUAGCACUUUAUCUGCCAGAAGAUUGCGAAACGAUAACUUUAUUCGUCAGAUAAGUGGCAAGUAGCUCAUUCAGGACUUUACUUGGACAUUGUGAAAAAGACCCUUAAAAUAAAUAAUAUAUCCUUAUACCCUUAUAGACCCUUAAGGAAAUAUAUAAAAUUGCAUAGGUACUCCAAACUUAAAUAAUGCAGACAUUUAAAGUCUCUAUUGAGUGUGCCAUUUAACUUAAUCACAAUAAGAGAGUUCUCUUUCAAUUCGACAAAAUAUCAAUAAGUGACGUGACUUUUAAAUCAUGUACAGUUAGCUUCUCCCGAGCGUCGGCGUCUAGUCAACUCUCUGGCUGCUGCUCGACGCUACAUUGGCGUAACUGCGGAGCGACACCAUUUUCCAUACCGCUGACUAGACGCCGAAGCUCAAAAGACGCUAGUGUGGGGUGGCCUUAUGUGGGGAACUAUAUUUUUUUUUCACAAUUACAGGCAUACUUUUGUAGAAAAAUAUAUAAGUUGACAGUAAAAUCGAAUCUACCGUGACAUCACCUUUAGACUCAAUUUUAGACUCACCGGUACACUCAAGUUUCCCAAUACUCUAGAAUGCGGAAAGGAUUUUACGUUGAAUUAAGCACGAUUUGAGAAGUUGUAUGGGAUAGCUUUAAUUAGUUAAUAUUAAGAUGUAAAGUGAUCUAAAUAAGGGUAAGCUAACUUAGUGAUGUAUAAAAAAGUUAAUGUAAUGAAUCUCAUAUUGUUUUACUAACAAAACGUAUAUUGAAAUACUCAGUAACGGUAAAUGUAAACACAUUCAAGUAAUACAAAAAAUGGCAUAUUGUUAAGUUAUUAGUGAAACUUUCAUACUGAUUAUGUUUUUCGUUAUUUUUUUAUAUAGAUAUGCAAAGUAUUAAAAUAACACCCAUAUUUUAGCCUUAUUUAUGCACUAGUAGAUAAUUACAAAAUAGUCAGAGUUUGUACUAUUAUAACAAUAUUUACUUACUAAAAAUAUGAAAUGUAAUGAUUAAAGUAAGUAAUUAAAACAUCUUUUAACAUCAUCCAGUUUGUUCUACGUGUAACUUGUUAUUUUUCUGGGGCCUAAAAUUCUUGUUCUUGAAUCUGCAAAACAAUACUCGUAAUAAUCUUACGUUUAAGUACCCAGGUAUGGUUGUUGCAUACGUACAGUUUAUUAUAAUAGAUUUAUAGUAAUCUACUCAAUAGAUAGUAGCUCGUAGUAUUGGUAAGUUAAGUUUAGAUUGAAUGUGAUGCAAUUAGUGGUUUUGAUAACUAAAGAACAACUGCUUAAUCUCCUAUUAUUGUGAAUGAAGUAAACACAAUUUCAGAUUACUCAAUCCAGUACAUAAGAUGAACUUUCCUUCGGUAUUAGAGGCGACUAAAUGAAAAAGAGUUCUAAUCUAUGUAUUCGUGGGUGUUAAGUUCGUCAUUAUUUUCUGUCUCACUUAUGGCUGUGCGUAUCUGAUUGAUUGACAUCUCUCUCUACUCACCCAUGAACAAUAUAUUCUACAGAUCUACUGAGUGAAAUGAGUGAUAUAUAUCUCCGCGAGCGAAGGAUAUGAAUGAAUCUUUUUAACUCAGUGAAGCGUUUUGUGCAUCUCUAGUGAAGACGGAACGAGAUUGCUUUCUUAUUAGUCUCAAACAUUUUUCAUUAUGUACUUAGUCAAGUCAAGGCAGUCGCCACUAUCAUUAGUUAUUCAUAAUAUACAUAAUACCUAUAAUACCUUUGUGAAAUUACCUGUUUCAGAAGACAACUUUAAAAUAUUUAACCUAACUAGAGUGCCGUUGUCUACAAUACAUUUCAAAGAUUAGCGCGCUUUAUCAGUUACUCGUCUCGUAUGAUAUCACAUUCCAUUUUUUCAUUUUAUUCAAUAACUAUAGUCGUCGGUAAAAUGUUUAAGUUCAAUAGAAUAUACAUAGAAACUUCGUGCCAUACAAUUAUUAGAUGUGUAGAAAUUGAUAGAGAAAUUAUAACGGUGUAUGUUUAUUAGGGAAGGUAAAUGUUCAAUGUUAUUUGUAAAGCUUCUACCCGAUAUACGAGCCGCUGUGUGCAUUAGAUUCCGCUAGCAUUGCUAAAGACUCAUAUUAUAUCCUACGAGGGCCACAAUGAAACCUAUCAGGUGUAUUUGCUUGAUAGUGGUGCUUGUAGUGUCAAACGAAAAUUGUUUAUAAUAGAUACAAUUUAAACAAAUAUUGAGAUCGAGAUAACAACACGAGUUUAGAAUUCUGUUUUAUGAUGGUAUGCGAUAAAAAUAUGUGAAAAUAUUAAUAUAAAUCUCAUAAAAUAUCUCUCCUCCGCUUGGGGCCGCACCACUAUCCACGCUGCGUUCUUCUACUUACUUUUUCAAACAUAUUAGAAAUACAAGCUUUCCGUGCCUAUGUGGAUCCACAUAGAGAAGUACUUUCCGAGUAUGUAUAGUAUAUAUGCAUUUUAAAAUUAUUUAAACGCGUCAUUGUCGAGCGAAUUCACUAGUUUUAUGGUUAAAUUUGAAAAACUCGAUUUAAUUUUACGACAUUUUAAUCAUUGGAGUCGUGAUUCACUACAUAUAAUAAACCAUAUCAAUCUCAUUGAUUAACUACUUAUUUAAAUCGUCACCGUUUAAUAAUUUUCCGUAUUUCCAAUACUGAUCUAGGAAGGACUCGAAUCAUAAACACUAGGUUUAUAGUAUGCAUUAUCUCUAUAUUAUUUUAUAUAUAUAUACGUAUAAUUUUUUCGGGCUCAGUCCCGAAUUUGUUAAACAAAAUCCUUUGUUUCUUUUACGCAGAGCAUCGUCGGCGCGUGCCAAAGUAACCAUGUUGUUAAAAAACAACUAUCGUGAUAGUAUUAAGGUUGACAUUUAUGUGACAGCUCAUUCAGAGAACAAUUAGCACCACGAGAUAACAAAACGUGUUAAACGACAUGAGAUAACAAAAUGAAUUUGAACCAUAUAAUUAGGACAAUAAAUUUGCUUUUCAAACAAGCUUCUUCCCGUUACUUAUGUCGGGGUUACUAGCAGUAGUGGAACCACUGCAUAAAAGAAACAACUUUUGUUUAACAGAUUAAGUACCGAGUCCGAAUAAGUUAUUUCAUAUAAUUCAUACUAUAAAAGCUUACGUUAAUUGGAGUCACGAUAGUUGAGUUGAGUUUUGCAAUUGAGUAAUACUUGAGUCUUUACCAAGACUAGACACCGCUUUACAUUAGGUGCUAAUAAAUGUAUACAUGUGGGUAUGUGCACUAUUUUUCUGUACUCUUGACAACUAAUUGCGAAUGACGUUGACAAUAUCUGUUUUAUUUGUAUCCAGGUAUGGCGUGCUUGGUUGUAUCUGUAGGCUUUUCACGUGUUAGAUGAGUGUGAUUCUUUUAGAAAUCCUGUUACAUAUUUUGUACUACAUUUAAAAACGUAUCAAGGUAGUAUUCAGUGUAAUUAUAUAAAUUGAUUGUAAGAAGAGUCAUCUUUACAUUUUUUUCAAAGCUAAUUAGCGUUGACGUUUGUCAUACAAAGAGAAAGACAAAACGCGGCAUAUAAUUAGUUUGAAAAUAUUAACGAAAUAAAUUACCAAGCAUUACGAGAUUCCGGUUUCACUUGCAUACCAAAAAUAAGAAAGAAUAAUAUGAUCUUGAAUUUCACUAACUGCAAUUGUAAAUCAUUUACUAAUGGCACUUGUUGGUUGACAUUUAAAAAAGUGAAUAAAAAAACUACUCAAUGAUUGGCUUGGCACCUAAUUUUAAAACAAAAAGGUGCCAAUCAUUCACGAUAUGGUAGUUUACGCUACUUGAGCCUUAGUUUCACUUACUUUGUUCAAAUCUUGCUUUAGAAUUUGGAAAUAAUAUUUCUUAAGAAUUAGCUAACUAUUAACUGCAUUAUGUAAAUUUGUUUGUACAGUUAUAUUGAAUUUUAAUAAAUUAAUUGUUCUUCCUAAAGUCACUGUCACUGUCACGGUCACUGUAGUAAGAAUAAAUAUUUUAUUGGAAUACUGUUAGACAAUAGUUAUAAUAUUUUCCUUUAAAUAUCCAAUUAAUAUCUCUUACCUGGAAAAUAAUCAAUAAAUUGAAUUAAAAUGUG